AUGCCAAUCCCUCUUCUACUGCAGGGUGUCCAGAGUGGCAUAAACUCCAUUCCAUUUAUUUGGCCAGUUCUCCGCAUUGCACCAUGGAUCCUCCUCUUCAGCGCACUGAAAUACUAUUUCGGCGGAGCUCGCAACACCUCCGAACGAUUAAUGCAUUCUAAACGAGUGAUGGUGACGGGCGGAACGUCCGGAAUAGGUGCUCAAGUCGUGCAACAACUAGCAGCCCGCGGCGCUCAAAUCAUCCUCUUAACUCGACAGCCACCCUCUGACCUCUUCAUCGUGGAAUACAUCGACGAUGUUCGCAAAUCCACCGGAAACCAGAAUAUCUGGGCCGAGCAAGUCGAUCUCUCAUCUCUACACUCCGUGCGUCAAUUCGCUACUCACUGGAUCGAUAAUAUCGAACCUCGACGUCUGGACGCGAUUAUCCUCUGUGGAGGACUCACUGUUCCACCUUCUAUGAAAAAGAACACCAUUGAUGGUAUCGAUGAGGAAUGGCAAGUUAAUUACCUUGCCAAUUUCCAUCUACUGAGUAUUCUGAGUCCUGCGCUCCGGGCGCAGCCUGCACACCGAGAUGUACGAGUUGUCUUCGUGACCUGCUCUUCGUAUAUUGGUGCGAAGUUCGAUUUGGAGAAUGUGAAGAGACUUGGAGGUUCGAGCUUUGAGUUUAAGAAAUUGAAGGGUGGGGCGCCCCAGGGUGUUUAUGGAUUGAGCAAGUUUGCUCUGAUGAGCUUUGCGCAUUCAUUUCAAAGGCAUUUGAACUCCGUGGCUCGUCCUGAUGGGUUACCACCCUGUACGAGGGUUAUGAUUGUUGAUCCUGGACAUUCGCGCACACCUGGAACAAGACGCUGGUUGACUGGUGGUUCGCUUUGGGGUUUACUGGGCUACCUUAUUACGUGGCCGUUUUGGUGCUUGGUUCUUAAGUCUCCUCAGCAAGGUGCGCAGAGUAUCUUGUACGCUGCUAUGGAGGAGAGUUAUAGCCGUGGGACUGGCGGAUGGUUUAUUAAGGAAUGCCGCGAGAUGGACUGUGCUCGGGUUGAUAUCAAGGAUGAGGAUGUUGGUAAAAGACUGUGGGAGUUUAGUGAGAAACAGAUUGAGGAAGCUGAGACAGAGGGUGCUGUGAAGAGGGCCUACGAGAAGAAGGAAAAAGAGACUGCGAAGGAGAAGCAGACUCGAAAGGAGACCUCUUCUGCGAAGACGCAGACUCCUGGUUCUAGACGGAACAAGAAGACUAAAUGA